AUGUGUAAGUGUACAGAUAACUACAUUAAAUUAACCUAUGACAAUUCCGUUUACUUGGGAAAAGACUUAGCACUGGCCGUAUGUAAGGCUUCAAAACCAAUGGUAAUAAUAGACACGGAUAGCGGUGUUGACGACGCGUUGGCCAUAAUGUUGGCCACGUAUUGCCACAAACACAAUAUGAUUGAUAUAAUGGCCAUCACUUGUCAAUUCGGUAAUACAUAUGUCGAUAAUGUGGUUAAAAAUGUCGGCUAUACUCUCAAUGCCACUAAUACUGAAGGAAUCAAAAUAUACAGGGGUUCUGACGGACCAUUGGUUGGCAAAUAUGUCGCUUCCGAUCACUUCGGAACCGAUGGUUUGGGAAACUCUACUAAAGACAUGCCUCCCAUUUCAGUGCAUACCGAGAGUGAACACGCGGUCAAUGCAUUGGUACGACUGGCCAGAGAGCACCCAAAACAGAUCACACUGUAUGCUUUGGGACCACUCACUAAUAUAGCCCUCGCAUAUAUGUUGGACAACAACUUCUUUGACAAUUUGAAGCAAAUUGUUUUUAUGGGUGGAGUCCUUGACUUCGACGGCAAUGUCGGUCCAGUGACUGAGUUUAAUGUUGUUGAAGACGUCGAGGCCUGUCAUCGAGUGCUGUCCUCUGCUAAAUGUCCUAUCAUUGGUGUUCCAAUGGAAACUGGUCUAAGUAAUAGAUUAACCUGGAUAACAGAUAUGAACUAUAAAUUAGUUAAGGCUGAGCCGGGAUCUAAAGGACUGGCAAUGUAUGACAUUCUGGCAGUAAUGGCGCCCAUAUAUGAAGACUAUAUUGAAUCCAAAGUUGAAUACAAGACAAGCAUUGAAUUGAAUGGAGGGCUAACUCGAGGGGAACUCGUGUUCGACAAGAGGUCGACACCCGAUGUCCUGAAGAAUGACUGGAAAUCAGUUCAAUAUAUCAAACACUUUAACCAAACUUUACCGUUUGAUUCAAACGAGUCAAUCACUCGAAGGAAUGGCAGCAAAAAAGUUGACACCGAUUGUGGUGUCGACGACGCGAUGGCCAUAAUGUUGGCCACGUAUUGCCACAAACACAAUAUGAUAGACAUAAUGGCCAUCACUUGUGUAUUCGCCAAUACAUAUGUCGAUAAUGUGUGCAAAAAUGUUGGCUAUACUCUCAGAGCCAGCGAUAUGGAGGCAAUCAAGAUAUACAGGGGUUGUGAAGGACCUAUUGUUGGCCAAUACAAACCCACUCAUCAUUCAGGAGCGGAUGGUUUGGGCGACUCGACUAAAGACAUGCCACCCAUUGAUGUGCACAUAGAGAGUGAACACGCGGCCAAUGCGUUGGUACGACUGGCCAGAGAGCACCCGAAACAGAUUACGGUCAUUGUUUUGGGCGCCUUCACUAAUAUAGCGCUCGCAUAUAUGUUGGACAACAACUUCUUUGACAAUUUGAAGGACAUUGUGUUUAUGGGCGGAACUCUAGACUUCGCGGGCAAUUAUCCGUCCCCUUUGACUGAGUUUAAUAUUGUUAACGACGUCGAGGCCUGUCAUAUAGUACUGUCUAACGCCAAGUGCCCUAUCGUUGGCGUCCCACUGGAAUGUUGUCGCAGUCAUCCAUUAACCUGGGACAUUUACGACCAAAUAGUGAAAUUGGAUUCAAAGAAAUCAAAGUUUAUGAAACAGAUUACAGAUAUGGUGUGCAAAAAAGUUAAGCUUGAUCCGGAAUCUAAAGUUGAAUACAAGACAAGCAUUGAAUUGAAUGGAGGGCUAACUCGAGGAGAACUCGUGUUUGACAAGAGGUCGACACCCGAUGUCCUGAAGAAUGACUGGAUAUCAGUUCAAUAUAUUCAACACUUUAACGACACAAAGGAUUUUAAUCAGGCGACAAUUAUCUUAAUCGCCGACGAGUUGAUUGAGUCGAUCGUCCAAACGGUCGGCGCAUUCAUUCACCCACUCGUGCAUAGACUUCAAUCGGCGAAGAGUUAUGUCCGCACAGAAUAUUUCCGUAAAAACCGUCGAUUGUUCCCGACUGUUGUCACCGCAGAUCAGUUCCAACCCCUUCACCAUAAACGACAAUCUAGUGAUAAACCGCCGCAAACACUGGCUAUGAUAUCGCAUCUCUUCGCUCAACUCCAGCACCAAUUGGCGGUCAGUAUCGGCACAGUCUGUGUUCUCGUCGCCACUUUCGGCCCUGUCUUUGGCCGCCAGACAGUCAGUCCAGAGGCCGUCCAACGCCGACAUAUACUCCGCCAGUUGUUGAUUGUCUUUGAUGUCGAGGACCUCUUGGAUCCGUUCAAUGAGCGCCAAAUACAUCUGAACCUUGUAUUGUGUCAACUCGUCUGCGACCACAUCUGA